UUUGGUUUUGGGAGGCACGGCCGCGUUGGAGGUUCCACUGCCGUUGCUCUCUCCAGCUCUCCCUCAACUCCAAAUCGUUGUUGGCUGUCGAAACAGGGAAAAAGGUGCUGCAAUGGUGGAUAAAUUGGGGAAGAAUUCUGAGCUUGUUGAAGUUAACAUUGAUAAUGUGGAUUCAUUGGAAACUGCUUUAAGAGAUGUGGAUCUUGUAGUCCAUGCUGCAGGGCCUUUUCAACAGUCACAGAAUUGCAAUGUACUGGAAGCUGCUAUAGAGACCAAGACGGCGUAUAUGGAUGUUUGUGAUGAUACCAGCUAUGCAUUGCGUGCGAAAUCCUUGAAGGAUAGAGCAAUAGCUGCAAAUGUUCCAGCAAUAACUACUGGCGGAAUCUAUCCCGGAGUGAGCAAUGUGAUGGCUGCAGAGCUAGUUCGUGCUGCGAGAGAUGAAAGCAAGGGAGAGCCAGAGAGGCUAAGAUUCAGCUAUUAUACAGCAGGCACUGGAGGUGCUGGUCCUACAAUAUUAGCUACUAGUUUUUUACUUCUUGGAGAGGAAGUUGUUGCAUAUAGUAAAGGAGAAAAGGUCAAACUGAAGCCAUAUAGUGGAAUGAUCAAUGUUGAUUUCGGAAAAGGAAUUGGAAGAAAAGACGUCUUUCUAUUGAAUUUACCGGAGGUGCGAAGUGCUCAUGAAAUUCUAGGAGUACCAACAGUCAGUGCUCGAUUUGGAACUGCACCAUUCUUCUGGAAUUUGGGAAUGGUUGCCAUGACAAAGCUUCUUUCUCCUGAGUAUCUGAGAGACCGAAACAAAGUCCAACAGUUGGUUCAGUUGUUUGAUCCUGUAGUCCGAGUAUUUGAUGGGAUCGCUGGAGAACGUGUAUCCAUGAGGAUUGACUUGGAAUGCUCAGAUGGACGCAAUACAGUUGGUAUAUUUAGUCACAGGAGGCUCUCUGGAUCCGUGGGAACUGCUACAUCUGCUUUUGCCCUUGCACUUCUUGAGGGAGUCACAAAGCCAGGGGUUUGGUUUCCAGAAGAGCCUGAAGGUAUUGCAAUCGAGGCAAGGAAAGUUCUGCUUGAGCGUGCUGCACACGGAACAAUAAACUUCGUAAUGAACAAGCCACCAUGGAUGGUGGAAACAGAACCGAAAGAGCUCGGAUUAGGAAUAUAUGUAUAAUAAUGCAGAAAAACAAACUCAAGUUAUAGAUCAAUAUUCUUCUUCAGCAUCUUCACCAUACUUUGAAGGUAUUGGAAAUUAUUGAUUGUCAAAAGCAACACCUAUGUUGCGGGAAGAUCAGUCUCACAGAUAAUUAGUUCUUUACAAGAAAAAGCAAGUGAAAUAUUGUAACUAUUGACUAACUACUCUUUUGGAGUAACCUACAUUUUUCUUAUAAUGCUUUGAGCAAA